ACACAAACGUGUUGUAUGUUGCCACUACCUUUACACUGGUGGGCAACUACCGCAACAACGUGCCGGCCAUCUCCACGCGUAACCUCCAUGAUCUGGAUUUUGCUGAGCGCUCCUUCAACAAACACUCCAUGAUGACCAUCGAUGUCAAGUACCGGGACCACUUUCUGGUGGAGUACGUGUACGGCUUCCACGAGGGCGACUACGCCUACUUCCUGACGGUACAGAGACGCUCCCACCUGCCCGGCCAGCAGGAGCAGGGCUACGUGUCCAGGAUCGUGCGCACCUGCGUCACGGACGCCAACUACGACAGCUACGUGGAGAUGACGCUGACCUGUGGUGGUGACAACCUGCUUCAGGCGGCGCGUGUGGCCGAGGCCGGCCAGGACCUGACCUGGGACGCCGGCGUUCUGGACCGUGACCGAGUGCUGGUGGUGGCCUUCUCGCCUAGUCAAGGCUUCACUAACGAGCCCCAGGAGCGGUCCAGCGUGUGCGUGUUCUCCAUGAAGGAGGUCGAGCAAAAGUUCAACGAAAACAUCCACAUGUGCUUCAACGGAUCGAUGCAGUACCGAAACAUGGAGUACAUCUCCGGUCCCGUUCUCAACGGACAAUGCCCGAAAGCCGGGACGACCGGCAACAUCCUGCACUUCUGCUCGGUGGGUCUGAAGAUCUCGGCCCUGCAGCCGCUCACAGCUGACCCGGUCAUCUCGUUUGACCAGCGGGUGACCAGUGUGGCCGUGACCUCUACAGGUCACCACACCGUGGCGCUGCUGGGCACCGACCACGGAUACGUCAAGAAGGUUCUGGUGACGUCAAUGGACACGGCGCGGGCAUACGCUGAAGUCGCUGUUGACCCGGGGUCAUCCAUCCUGCCUGACAUGCACAUGGACCUGGCUGCCGAGAACGUCUACGUCCUCUCUGAACAGAAGGUGACCAAGAUGAAGAUGCAGACCUGCGAGGAGCACACCAACUGCUCGCAGUGCCUGCAGGCUGUAGACCCAUACUGCGGAUGGUGCUCUCUGGAGAAAAGGUGCACGGUGCGGUCCGAGUGCAAGAAGGCCCUCUCCAGCUCCCCCCGCUGGCUGACGAUCGAUGCCGGACAACAGUGUAUCGACAUGGAGAGGAUCGAACCCAGCCAGAUCGCUGUCAACCAGCAGGCGGAGAUCUCGCUGACGAUCCGGGCGCUGCCGCCGCUGCCGGCCGGGGCCAAGUACCUCUGCGUGUUCGGCACGGCUCCGCCGGUCGACGCCGCCGCCACCGCUGACGGCCUGCGCUGCCGGGCGCCCCAGGUCCGCCUCAGACCCUACGUGCCUCUCACCGCGGACCACGUGACCGUGCCGCUGUCGGUCAGGUCGUCCGAGACCAGCAAGGACUUUGUGACGCGCCAAUUCGCCUACUUCGACUGCGGCCGCCACACGGUGUGCGGCGACUGCGUGACGUCACGCUGGCAGUGCAGCUGGUGCGUGUACGACAACAAGUGUGUGCACAACACCACAGUCUGUCACAAGGACGUCGUGUCUCCUGGAACCACCGAGUGGCAGAACCCGGCCGAGCUGGGCUGUCCGGCGGUGGUGCAGCCCGGCCAGCCGAUGCUGGUGCCCAGUGACGUCAGGCAGAGCCUGGUGCUCGAGGUGCGCAACCUGCCGCCGCCGCUGGCCGGCCAGGCCAGCUACACCUGCGUCAUCGUGGUGGAGGGCCGCACCACCCUCGUGCCGGCACGUGUCGACGCCAAGCGCUUCGUCGUCUGCGACGGCGCCCGGUAUUUUUACCGGAGUAGCAGCUCUGAGAUAUCUGCAACCGCAACGGUGAAAUGGAACUACAAUCACCACGUUGGCUCCGUCAACUUCACUUUAUACAAGUGCUCGCUGCUGGCAACUCACCAAAACACUGAGGACUGCUCUCUCUGCCUGACGAGGGACCCCAGAUACAGGUGCCAGUGGUGUGGCGGGGAGUGCCGUUUCAGUGAGCAGUGCCGCCAGACGGCCGUCAGGGAGUGUCCCAGGCCCCAAAUCGAAAAGAUACACCCUCGCUGGGGUCCGCUGGAGGGCGGCACCCUACUUACCAUCGAAGGCCGCAACCUCGGCCUUCGCCGGAGUGAGGUCAACGGACGGAUCUUCGUCGGCCGGGCGCCCUGUGUCCUGGUCAAGUACGAGGUGUCGGUCAGGGUUGUCUGCCGGACCGGCGCCGUGGCCAGCCCGUCGGUGGAGCCCGUCAAGCUGGGCAACAACGCCGGCUUUACCAUCUCCACCGCUUCGUUCGAGUACAAGCCCAUUGAGGUAGUCGACAUCCACCCCCGCAUCGGCCCUCUGAGCGGUGGGACGCUCCUGACCCUGACUGGGUCAAACCUCCACAUCGGGUCAAACGUGACGGUGACACUGGGCGGCCUGCCGUGCCCCGUGGUCGCUCGGCCUGCUGGCGUCACGUGCAGAACACCGGCCGUCGGCGAAGUCCGCCGGGUGGACGAGAUCGGUCUGACUUUAGACGACGCCAGACGUACGCUUCGGGUGCCGUACAGCUACACGCCAGACCCAUCCGUGCUGGACAUCAAGCCGCUGAAGAGCUACACCUCGGGUGGGCGGCCUCUGACUGUGCACGGCCGGCACCUGGACUCGGUGCAGGCGCCCCGCAUGAUAGUGUUCAACGAGACACACCGGCGGCCAGUCAAUAGCACCCUCUGCCUGGUGCUGUCCGGCGAGCUGAUGGAGUGUCCGUCGCCGGCCAUCCCCCGCCUGUCCGGCGAGCCGGGUCCGGCGCCGGAGCCGCUCCGUCUGGCCGACUCCCGAGCCUCCCGGAUGCACCGGUCACCCGACAGCCGGCCGACCGGGCCUCGACACCGGGAGCUGCAGAUCGGCUUCCUCAUGGAUGGCGUGGAGCAGCUGCGGAACAUGAAACAGUUCCGGCCCGACCUGGAGUCAACCAUCAUCUACGUGGACGACCCCGUGUACUUCCCGUUCGCCAAGGGCGUGAAGGCUUUCAGUGGAGACACGUUGGUCAUUGAGGGUCGUGACCUGAGCGCGGCCAGUGACGAGCGUGACACGGCGGUGACGGUCGGCGGCCAGCCCUGCAAUGUCACCAGCCUGACGGCCAGCCAGCUGCUGGGUGCGGACGUGAUCGGCGGCAUCGCGGCUGGCGCCGCCGUCCUGGUGCUGGCCUCGCUGCUCAUCCUGUUCGUGUACCGGCGCAAGUCGUCCCAGGUCGAGCGCGAGUACAAGCGCAUCCAGAUCCAGAUGGACACGCUCGAGAACAACAUCCGCUCCGAGUGCAAGCAGGCUUUCGCGGCCAUGUGCACCCUGGCGGCCAGCUUCAACCCCGACGAGGUCGACUGCCUUGAUCAGAGGGAGUUCCUUAUCAAGGUUCUGUUCCCCGGCAUCGCGGAUCAUCCGAUCCUGAAGCACCAGAGCCCCUCGUCUCCCACCAGUCCUCGGACCACGCUCGAUGUGGCCAUGCUGCAGCUUGAGCAGCUGGUGAGGAACCCCAACUUCCUGGUCACCGUCAUCGACACCAUGGAGCAGCAGAAGGACUUCUCCAUCAGAGACAGGGUGACGGUGGCGUCCCUGCUGACGGUGAUCCUGAUGACCAACAUGGAGUACAUGACGACCGUACUGCACCAGCUGCUGGUGCGGCACAUAUCCAGGAUAUCGCGCUCCAAACAUCCUCACCUGAUGCUGCGCCGCACCGAGACCGUCAUGGAAAAAGCUGCUCACAAACUGGAUAUCCGUCUGCCUCUACGGGCAUAUCCGGGAUCGGCUGUCCUCGCCGCUGUACCUGCUAACUAA